CUUCUCAUCAUCAUCAUCACCACCAAAAAAAAAAAAAAAAAGAAAAAAAAACAACCAUCUUCUCUCUAUUCCAAUCUCUCUCCUAUCUCUUUCUCUCUCUAAAACUUCCUACCCAUCUUUCAUUUCUCUAAUCCAUGGAUAUAGAUAUCCUUGUUUUGCGCACAACCCUAACUCUAAAUCUAAUCAACUCUUAAAGACCGCUUCACUGUUUAUGCUUCAACCAUGGACAUCAUAACCCCCACCACCGUCCACACCGCCGCCUCCACUGGCCCAGUCACAACCGGCGGCGUCAAAACCCCAGAAGCUGAAACCGAGACACCCACACGGAUCCAACCCAUCAAGCCCUUAUCGUUCACUAACGGCGUACUCAAGCGCCACCACCCCCUCCACCACCACCAGCUCAACUCUCCUCCGGUGGUUGUCACUUACAAAGAAUGUCUGAAGAACCACGCGGCCAGCCUCGGUGGACACGCUCUCGACGGAUGCGGCGAGUUCAUGCCUUCCCCCACCGCCUCCCCCACCGACCCCACCUCACUAAAAUGCGCCGCUUGCGGCUGCCACCGCAACUUUCACCGCCGUGAACCCGAAGACCCACUUCCCCAUUCGGUGGCAACACCCCAGCAUGUUAUCGAGUACCAGUCGCAUCACCGCCACCACCCACCACCGCCUCCGCCCCCACGCGGCGGAGGUGGCCACAGCAGCCCCGAUUCCCCAUCUCCACCUCCGAUCUCCUCCUCGUACUACCCCUCCGCACCCCACAUGCUCCUCGCCCUCUCAGCCGGCCUCUCCAGCCACCCGGCCGAAAACACCACCGCGGCGGCGACAACUCCCAUUGCAGUCACACCCAACAGCCGGAAAAGGUUCCGGACAAAAUUCACACAAGAUCAGAAGGAGAAAAUGCACCAAUUCGCUGAGAAAGUCGGGUGGAAGAUUCAGAAGAGGGACGAAGACUUGAUCGCAGAGUUCUGCAGUGAAAUCGGAGUUGACAGAAGCGUGUUGAAGGUUUGGAUGCACAACAACAAGAACACUAUCGGGAAAAGAGAUGGGAGCAACAGCUUCAACGGUAUUGCUAAUAUUACAAACGGUGCUGAUCAGAAUGAGAACACCACCACUCACUACCACACCAACCACCAAAACACUGACCACACCACCCCCACCAUCACCACCGCCGCCACCACCACCAACAAUGGGGAAAACUUAAGCCACCACCACCACCACAACAACAACAAUGACAGUGUUGUUCUUCCUCCUAAUGUUGUUGCCACUAAUGGGUCAUCUUCUUCUUCUUGAUCUUUGAUGAUGAAAAAUAAGUACUACUACUAGUAGAUAGUGAGGGGAAAAAAGCUGGUACUAUAUAUUAGUUAAAUUUACCUAUUUGUUAGUAGUUUUAUUAAUGGGUAGUUUUAAUUUUCACUUUGUUGAGCAUAACAGUGGAGAGAGAUUGUUCAACAUUUCUUGUUGUUUCAGUGCUUCAAUUUACUAAUCUUCUUGCUUCUUCUCUUA